CGCGGGCGGGUGUUGGGGUCGGCCGGUACUGGUGUCCUUCUAAUUGGGGGCGUCCUGAAAGAGAGGUCCAGGAGUUUCCGGAAUAGGAUAACGGGAAUGUUGACUUACCCAGGAUCCCAACCGGCGCGCGCCUGCUCGGAAGCCUGGCUCCUACCGCAGAGCCUCGCGAGGGGCGACGCGAAGAGGACCUCCCUGCGGUGGUACACGGAGCCAAGCUUUGAAAAAACAGAACAAAACACUGCCCUGAAAAAUAUGGGACGCAGAAAAUCAAAACGGAAGCCACCUCCCAAGAAAAAGAUGACGGGUACCCUGGAGACCCAGUUCACCUGCCCCUUCUGCAACCAUGAGAAGUCUUGUGAUGUAAAAAUGGAUCGUGCCCGAAACACCGGAGUCAUCUCUUGUACUGUGUGCCUAGAGGAAUUCCAGACACCCAUCACUUAUCUGUCAGAACCAGUGGAUGUAUACAGUGAUUGGAUAGAUGCCUGCGAGGCAGCCAAUCAGUAACAACAAAGAGGACCCUCCCACACUUUGCAGCCCCACCUAACAGCACCCACCCAAUGAGUACCAACCCAGAGACAUUCCAAGGUUCAGGGUGUGGGGUUAGGACUGUCUAGCAGCCUUGUGGGUGUGAGUAUUUAGUGGGUGUGAAUGUGUAUGGCUGCAAGUAUGGCCUUGGAGCUUUGCUUGUGGGCAAGGGGUAGAGCUGAAGGGUUAUUGGGCCCCAGGGGCCUAACCCGCCUCCUUUGCUCUAAAACCCUUUUACUUGCUCCUUCCUCCAGCCCCUGGCUCUUGGGUCCUUGUCCUGAUAUCCUGACAAGAAUAUGUCCAGCAGACUGUCCCACCUCCCCAGUAGCUGGCCCAUUUGAACAGAGUACCCACCUUCCUUUCCAUAUUUCCAAAGCCUGUGGCCUAGGGUUCAAAGCCACAGUUGCACAAUUUCCCUGACAGGGUAGCUCUUCUCAUUUUAGUUGCUUUUGUAGAGGAGGGAGGGACUGGAUCAGGAACAGCUGUGUGUCACAAGCCCUUAAAUAAAGUAUCAAGGGAACUCCUGAAUGGCUAUGGUUUCCUUGGCUCU